CCUGUCAUCUGUCAGUUUUUGAAAAACAUUUGUUUUGUUUUCAGUUAUUUUCAAAUGAUUUUCGGCUGAAAUCAAUCAAUUUUGACCCAAAAAUGCAUUAACAAAGUAAAAAUUCCUUCCUGAGCCCAUUGAGAGGUGAUUUUAAAUGUUUCUCGACGUGGUUUCACCUUCAAACUCAAAUGAAUCUCGAAAUGGGUGAACGAAUUGAGGACUACGAAGUUUACAAUUUGUUAGGGAAAGGAGGUUUUGCCUCCGUAUAUCACGCAAAAUGUUUAAAAACCGGAUUAAAUGUCGCUAUAAAAAUGAUCGACAAGAAAAUGAUGCAAGCGGCUGGGAUGGUAAAACGUGUCGAACAGGAAGUAUCAAUUCAUUACAGACUUAAACACCCUUCUAUUUUGGAGUUGUAUACGUUUUUUGAGGACGCUAAUUAUGUUUAUCUCGUUUUGGAGUUAUGUCACAAUGGGGAGCUCAGGCAGUAUAUCAAAACUAAGGCAUUAACUGAGAGUGAAGUAAGCAGUAUUAUGAAACAAGUGGUAGAAGGCAUGAAAUAUCUCCACACCCACAAUAUUCUCCACAGAGACAUUUCCUUAUCAAACUUAUUACUAACCAAAGACAUGCAAGUCAAAAUUGCAGAUUUUGGUUUGGCCACACAAUUAUCACGUCCUGAUGAAAAACACACAACAAUGUGUGGAACCCCAAAUUUUAUCUCACCCGAAGUUCUUUCACGGACUUCCCACGGCCUUGAAGCCGACGUUUGGGGCCUUGGUUGUCUCCUCUAUAAUUUAUUAGUGGGCUCACCACCUUUUGACACUCACGGUGUUAAAAAUACUCUAAAUCGCAUCGUUUCGGCCAAUUUUCAUUUACCCAGUCAUUUGUCACCAGAAGCUAAGGACUUAAUUAAUUCACUUCUACAGAAAAAUCCUAAAGAUCGCAUCAAGUUGGACCAGAUUUUGGAGCACCCUUUUAUAACAAGAGGACAGUUGUUGAUGUCACAUUUGACUCAUGAUAGUGGGAUUCACACAAUGUCUAGCCGACGUGAUAGCGCUUUUAGCGAAGGUGCUAGUAAUAAUAUUUACAAUUUUAAAAGCAACUCUCAUAAUAUGGAACAACUGUCGCGGAAACUUCACGAUGUUAAUUUGAGGUCGACCUAUUCGGACCCUCCACUGUUCUCAAAUUGUGGCGAAAUUCGGAGCCACUGCAGUUGCGAACUGCCUCAAAAUAACGCAUAUCCCGCUGAUCCUGGAGGGAACAGGAUCCUCAAAGACAACUCGAACUACAAACCAAUUUUUUCUACAACUAGUAACAGUUCGAGUAAAAGUGACAAGAGUAAAACCCAGCGAUUGUUGCAACUGUGUUCGCAAAGACUACUUCCGAAAACGCACCGAACCGAAAAUUCCAUUUUACACAUAAUGGAAGACGGUGAAGUCGUCGUGGAACUGAUGAAGAAAAAAGGAAGUGCGAAACGUAACGUCGUUUGUGAUGUUUUACGCAUAUCUUCAGACGGGGCCAAAAUCACUAUUUACGAACCUAACGGCGGUAAAGGGGUCACCCCGGGGGCGGCUCCGCCCCCAAUACCCCCACAAGGGGGCUACGAAGCAUACACUAUCGAAAAUUUACCGGAAAAACACUGGAAGAAGUACAUGCACGCGUACCAAUUCGUGGCCCUUAUUAAGGAAAAAACCCCAAAGGUUACGUGUUACAAUGAUAAGAUGAAGUGCGUUCUGAUGGAGAAUUUGACCGAUUUUGAGGCCACUUUUUACGAAGGUGGAACCGUGACGAAAUCGUCUUUGAAAGGGAUUACGUUUCAAGACUCGUCCGGUAACAAACUUUUGGUCAAAACAAGUAACGAAUGCCGGAGUUUGACCGGAACUUUUGAGUAUAUGUGGUCGCAGUCGCAGGAGGCUUUGAAACACUGCCUCCUUUUGGAGGAGAUGUUGUCAAAGUUGGCUGGGCCCAAUUUUCCCGCUAUUAUAGGCAGGAGGCCGUGCUCGGGGCCAGGGAAGGAGAAUCAGACCCAGACUACCAUGAUGCCCUCGUUUGCUGUUUCUAUGAACAGUACGGCUGUAGGGUCGUUUCAGAGCAGUUCCUCUUUGAAGGAGAAGAAGGUGUCAGUGCCAGGGGUGGGCACGGCCGUGCAAUUGCCCAAUGGAGAAGUGCAAGUAAGGUAUGGUGACGGAUCCCAGUUGUCAAUGGACGGUAAACACCAAAUCAAAUAUCAGUAUUCGGACGGGAAUACCGUUACGUAUAGUGAUAAUGAUAAUAUCCCGCGUCCGAUAAGGGAAAAGUUGCAACACAUGCCAAAAAUUUUGAAACAGUUGAUGCCCAGUCCGACUACUCAUAAUUUUCGGUUAUAGUUUUACUAUUGUUCAUUGAAAAUGAAAUGCGUUUUGUAACGAGCUGACCAGUUUUUCAUUGCAUAGAGUAAGAUUUUUAAAAAUUGAAUAAAUAUUUUUGCACUAUUAAUUGA